AUGUCAGCUGUGAACCUAUUGUCUUCUUUGAGGGAGAAACCGACCGAUGAAAACCCGGAUGAUGGCUCCAACCCUGACGGUCAGGGUCUAUUUAGUACAUAUGUCAAAAAGUAUCGCGUUAUAAUUUUUUUCAUGAUGAAGGCGUUUGCCCUGCAGUGGGACGAUCAUAGCUGA